UGUCAGCAUCGCCGCGACACACUGGAUUACCUUCAGAAGAAUCGCGUGAUAGUGCUUCGACACGUCUCGAUAGGUUCCGACCCAUUGUAGCCACUGUGUCAUCCUCUGUCGUCAUACCUCACUCUCCACGCUCGCAAGGGGGCGCAACUCCUCCACUUCCGGGCCGCAGCAGCAUCGACAGCUCAAUGCUUUUACUACAACCGCAGGCCUCCUACAGCACGGCUUCAUCCGGGUUUUCAAGUGACCUCGGGUCAACCUACACGACAUGUAGCACACAGCCCGCCAUGUCUGCCGAGAUUGGAAUAUUCCCGACGUCGAGCUUUCCUAUGGCCGACUACUCUUCGGAAGCGGGAUUCUCCCUCGCUGAAAGUGGGGUCGACACGGGGUUUCACGGGGGCUUCGACACGCAGCCGCAGAGUUUCGCAACAACGAGUCAUAGCCAAAGUUACCCCGAGUCUUAUAGCUACGAGGGUACCUUUAUGUUCGAAAAAGACAGUGGAAUCGGAAAACAAUUCAAUGUGUUUACAGAUUCUACACCGGCAACAAGUACAGUAGACACCCAACCUCCGCAACAGAUACAGAAAUACACGGAGCCAAUUAUGACUUACGAGGGAAGUUUUCAGACUUUCCCUGCACCGGAUUGUGGUUUUUUCCAACAGCGUCUUAGCAGCGAAACACAAAAACCUUUCCAAAGACAUUGCAAUUAUACCCCACCCCACGACCUUUAUUUAUCUCCUCAAUCAACGGGGUUCACAGACAUGGACCAAAAACAGCCUACCUUCUCCUCGCCCCAGACAUUCAGUGAAAACUCAGGUUUAUAUGCUCGUGAAAGUGGUGGUUUCCAAGGGUACAACCCAAACUUUUACGGGAACAGGACAUUACCUCAUUCUGAAAGUUGUUAUAACAUUAGUGAAAGGCCACCUGUCGGUGGGCCAGCCUAUCAGGGGGAGAUAAACGUACAUUCUGGACGUCCCCAAUUUGCACGUCGACCCGCCUUGACCAUCGCGAUGCCAUCAAGGGCCUCGGAUAGUGGAGAACUACAGAAGUACCAUAUACAGUCACCAACAACGCCCUCCACGCCCAGCUCUACUCGCUCGUCCCCCGGAAGGGAACAACCCCAAAAGGAGGCUUUAAUGUGUGCUGUUUGCGGAGAUAAUGCAGUUUGCCAACAUUAUGGCGUAAGGACUUGUGAAGGCUGCAAGGGAUUCUUCAAGAGGACAGUUCAAAAGAAUGCUAAAUACGUUUGUCUUGCGGAUAAGAGUUGUCCUGUGGACAAGCGCCGGAGAAACAGAUGCCAGUUCUGCCGAUUUCAGAAGUGUCUAACGGUCGGCAUGGUCAAAGAAGUUGUACGAACCGAUAAUUUAAAAGGUCGACGCGGAAGGUUACCGUCAAAGCCAAAGAGUCCACAAGAAUCUCCCCCCUCACCACCAGUCAGCCUCAUCACUUCCUUAGUCCGAGCGCAUGUAGACACAAGUCCCGAUAUUCCCAACCUGGAUUACUCACGAUUCAAAGUGCCUUCUCCCGAGGACAGUCCCCGAACCACCGAUGAUUGUAUACGCCUCUUUUAUGACAUACUUCUCUCGUGCAUUGACGUCAUCAGAACAUGGGCAGAACGUAUACCCGGUUUCGGUGAUCUUUCCAAAGAAGAUCAGGAACUUCUUUUCCAAUCUGCUUCACUCGAACUCUUUGUAUUACGUAUAGCAUACAGAGUACAACCCGCCGAUGACAAGAUCAUAUUUGAGAACGGCCUGGUGUUACACAGAUUACAAUGCUCUGAUAUGUUCGGAGACUGGAUAGAUUCUAUCAUCGACUUCGGUCUCUCCUUACACCGGAACACGUUUGACAUUUCAUCACUCGCAUGCAUGUCUGCACUAGCAUUGGUUACCUUACGCCAUGGGCUUCAGGACCCACAAAAAAUGGAGGAACUGCAAAUGAAGAUCAUCGACUGUCUUCGAGAUCACUGCACCUAUAACAGUGAAGCUCAGAGGAAACCCCAUUUCUUCUCACUCAUCCUCGGCAAGGUGGCGGAACUCCGUUCUCUUAGUAGAGAAGGACUCCAACGGAUGUUUCAUUUCAAACUGGACAAAGUGUUUCAAGCACCUGCGCAGAUUGAAUCUCUGUACUUGUCGGGUUCGCUCCCUUUCUAGACGUUUUCUUAUCACCCUGUCUCAUCUCGUGAUCAUAUUUCAUGACUAUUAACUAGAUUAUUUUUGUACUACCAGUCUAUCCAUGUGUUGUAAACACACCAUUGUCUCACAUAAACCAUGACGUAGAACACAGAGGCAUAUGACGUAGUUAUUAGGAUUGUGUGUGAGUAAAUUAUUACUCUAAAGUUGAACGGAAAUGCAUUAUCAUCUUCAAUAAAUGGUAUUUUUAAAAUGUCCGUUAAUUAUAUCUUAUGAUUUAUUAAAUAAGAAAUAAGUAUAAUUUAAUUUGCAGGAACGCACCUAAUGAUCUGAUUUCUACGUCAAUAUGCCUUAACAUAAUAGUUGCUAUGGUUACGUCCUCACUACUUGAACCACGUGCACAUAGUUUGUCUCCGUCUCUCAUGUUAAGUUAUGGACGAAUGUCACAUCAUUCCUUUUGAUGUUGUUGAAGUCAAAAUAUUUUCAAACAUUUUCAUAUUUUUGUUGGAUAUUUUUUGGCAUAAAUAUAUAUAUAUAUAUAUAUAUACUAAUUCAACUGUUGUGCAUUUCAAGCAUAGGUUGUUUAUUGCAACCAAAAUAGAUUAAAUGAUAUGAAUGGUUUGUAUAUUAUAGUUUUAGAUAUAUUUCUGCAGUUUUUACCGCAAAAUGUGUUCUGAAAUCAUUUGAAUGAAAACGUUGUUUGUUGUAUAUAAUAAUUAUUCCAUAAACUUGAGAUUAUCCUUUUGUUUAUACCUAUAAAAUUAAUUCUAGUGCAUAAUAGGAUUUUGACUCAAGGAACAACAACUUUUACAUUGAUAGAUGAUAAUCUUAGGAGUCAUCGAUUAUAAAA